GCGUCAGUUUACCUAAUAACAUGAGCUUCGAGCUCUAUAACAUAUAUUCUCGGGGGCUAUUUAUGUUUUUUGGUGCUCGUCGUUGGAUACGUCACUGGGCUAAGAAGCGUCACGUUCAGAGUACUCACUAUUCAAUUGUUGAUGGUGAUUCUUCUAUUUACCGUCAGGUUGUUCCUGGUGACUUGUUAGCGAACCGUCGUCGUCUUCCUAAUCGCAAGCUACGUGCUCGAGAGUUUCGUUUAUCACUUUGCGGGAAUGGAUUAUUUCGUCUUCGUGCUCCCUAUCCUCCGAAUGUGAAUGUAACUUUGCCUCCAUUUCCUCGUAACGUAUCUGGUAAUCAAUCUGAUCCUCAGAAGAUGGGUCACGUUCAAUUUUUGCAACAAUAUAAGGGUGUACAGUAUGUAACAUUGAAGCGUCUGGUUCCUUAUCCUCGUGGCAACAAUGCCUACAGCUUUGAUGUGAACCGUAUUGUAACUACCCCUAGAAAUUCUGGCAGAUAAGGUCUGUCUUACAUUGUCUUUCUACUAGUA